AUGGGGACGGGGGCGGUUGGGCUGUUAAAGCAUAAAACCGCGGGAAACUUCGCCACGAGAAACAAAAGCUUCAUUGGUGCUUUUGGAAAAAGGUUAAGGGUGGAAGAAACAGGAAGCCCAGUGGUGGUGUGCAGCAGUUCUGCUUCUGUGUUUCAGCCAGGCAUUGCAGAACAAGAGGCCUUCGCAAAGAGGCCAUUUGACACAGCUACCAGCAGCAGUAGCAGCAUGAAUGACGAAGAGAUUGGAGAGAAGGAUUCCAAGGAUCUCCUCACCAACCUCUUCCAUUCUUUACCCAAUAAUGGAGGAGAAGAAUCUUCUUACAAUCAUGUCAUGGAGCUCAGCCGGUGGGUGGUGCUGGGAUCCAUCAUUGGGUUUGUUGGUGCAGCUCUUGGCAGCAUUGGUGGCGUUGGAGGGAUCUUUGUGCCCAUGCUCCCCUUGAUCAUUGGAUUUGACCCCAAGACAUCAACAGCCAUUUCCAAGUGGAAGUCAACAAGCAUGCAGAUGAACAAUAAUUUCAACCUACUUUUAAUAGUCAAGAGGAAUUCAGAACUAAGCUGCAUGAUCAUGGGUGCUGCAGGAACAACAGUAUACUACAACCUGAGACUGAGGCACCCAACCAUGGACUUACCAAUCAUUGACUAUGAUCUAGCUCUGUUGUUUCAGCCCAUGAUUAUGUUGGGCAUCAGCAUUGGAGUUGCUUUGAAUAUAAUCUUUCCAGAUUGGAUGCUCACUGUCUUCCUCAUCAUCCACUUCCUAGGAAGCUACAAAUCUCUAGGCCUCACAAAGAAAUGGUGCAGAACUGGAAUACAAGGCACUCCCUGGGGCUCUCCUGCUAAUCCACAAUGUAGAACUUCAUCAGAUGAUGAGCUACUUAUAAAGGAUAACAUCUACUGGAAGGAACUAACAGUUCUUUCAUCCGUAUGGGCAGCAUUUGUGGCAGUCCAGAUAGUCAAGACAUACACCACACGGUGCUCCACAGAGUAUUGGGUUCUAAACAUCAUGCAGGUGCCAAUUGUUGUUGCUAUCACAAUCAAUGAAACUAUCUGCCUCUGUGAAGGAAAGAGAACCAUUGCCUCAAGGGGCAACCUAGAAACCAAACGGAAGAUUCAUCAGCUGCUUGGGUUUGGAGGAGGGCUCAUCCUUGAACCAUUGUUUCUUGAAAUGGGAGUUCCUCGACAGGUUCUAUUCUCUUGA